AUGCCGUGGCUUCAGGACGGCGGGGAGCGGGAGGCGUCGCGGCGGCCGCGGUUCCUGUGCCUGCACGGGUUCCGCACCAGCGGGGAGAUCAUGCGGCGGCAGGUGGUGGGCAGGUGGGCGCCCGAGGUGACCGUGCGCCUGGACCUCGUCUUCGCGGACGCGCCGUUCCCGGCCGAGGGCGCGUCCCCCGUGGCCGGCGUCCUCGACUUCGACCCGCCCUACUACGAGUGGUGCCAGUUCGUCGGCGAGGAUUUCCUCAGCUGCAGGAACCUGGACGGGUGCUUCUCCUACCUCGAGGAGCUGAUGUCCAGAGAUGGGCCGUUCGAUGGGCUGCUGGGCUUCUCCCAGGGCGCCGGCCUGUCUGCAGCGCUUGCUGGGCUCCAGCAGCAGGUGAAGUGCGUGAUAGUUAUAGCCGGGGCGAAGAUCAGGGCGCCGGUGGCGGUCGCGAGGGCGUUUGACAGCAAGAUCACCUGCCCAUCCCUUCACUUCGUUGGUGACGAGGACUUUGUGAAGGUUCACAGCGAAGAGCUUGUACAAGCAUUUGCGGAUCCACUUGUUAUACGUCAUCCCUGCGGCCACACUGUUCCUAAACUUGAUGAGAAGGGUCUCCAAACUAUGCUCACUUACCUUGACAAGAUUGAGAGGGAAAUAUGGGAACAUUCGUCAACUGAUACUGAGAUCAUGGGCUCAAAUUAA